ACUCUCAUGACAACUCAUUUGCUGAGUUCGGUUACAGGAAGCAAUUAAAAAUGUUGCAUUUUCCAAUAAUUCUAAGUUUGUUCAGCGAUAACAAACCAUUUACGUCAGCACAUCAAUUUAUUAUUCAGCUAACAUACAGAGUUACAUACAUAUUUCAUUAGAAUGGCGUACAAGUAAAACACCAGUGCGAACCUGCGAGUACUUAAAGAAAACGACUCGCACUUAGAGGCUUGCGUUUCUCGAACCGACUACGGAAUACGGCAAUGAAUAAGGCAACCGUCGCCGCACUUUCGGUAGCUUUGUACCUAUACUCCUAUCCAGCAGAAGCAAGGAAUAAUACAGUAUUAGAUUAUCCGAAAUGGAAAGCGCAGGAAGACGCAAAACAAAAAAAGCAUUUUGAAAAACUUCAGAGAGUGGAGCAGGACAAAGCUAACACUGCUUUGCUGAUGAACUUGCAGAGCACUCUUUACAUAAACGGUUUACCUGACGCACAGAAACACCAUAUUUAUGCCGCAAUAACAUCGCUGAAAGUUGCAGCCACAGUUAAUGAUGUCGAUUUCAAAAAAGCUGCUUACAACGAUGCACUCGGCACAUUUAUUAGUGUUUUAUCGUCCUAAAUAAGCCCAUUGCAUAGAUGUAGAUGCGCUUAACCGUAAAAUGUUCGUCACUCAAAUGACACUAAAUAAACAUAUACAAACACAGCGCUACAAACAAGA